AGUCUGGGAAAGCCCCACGUCAUAGCGCCUCAGCUGCCAAGGAAAGAACAAGUGGGCUGGAGUCUAUGGGGUAGAACUGGAGCCCAGCCCCUCUGCUGUGGAAUCACUAUGUAAAGACUUUAUCAUGAUCCUGAAGAUCUUCGUGGACAAUCUCUUUGCUAUUGUCCCGCUGAAGCAGGCCACAGCUGUGCGCUGCUUGGACAUGAGUGCCUCCCGUAAGAAGCUGGCCAUGGUAGAUGAAAAUGACACUUGCCUGGUGUAUGACAUUGACACCAAGGAGCUGCUUUUUCAGGAACCAAAUGCCAACAGUGUGGCCUGGAACACCCCGUGUGAGGACAUGCUCUGCUUCUUGGGAGGAGGCUACCUCAACAUCAAAGCCAGCACCUUCCCUGUGCACCAGCAGAAGCUGCAGGGCUUUGUGGUCGGCUACAGUGGCUCCAAGAUCUUCUGCCUCCACGUCUUCAUUUCUGCUGUGGAGGUGCCGCAGGUAACUGGGAGCACCUGUCCACUCUCGGCACUGGCAAGGCCAAUAAGACUAGGGAAGCCGGUCCCCUGGCUGGUGCUUUGAGGAGAGAGUAGCAAGGAGAGAAGAAUGGUAACUGUGAUGUCAUGGGAGGCAGUCUGGGCUUGGAACCCUCAGCCCUAUCUCCACUCCUUGCAACCUGUGUGACUGGGGCAAACAGCUCAACCUCCCUGAGCAUCAGUUUCUUCCUGGUCCCCCUUCCGGCAGGGAUUUGGGGGGGUAUACAGUGUUGUCAGCAGAGUGUAUUUUACAGAGAGUCCAAUGUGGGCCGAGUGGAGCAAGCAACAAAGCCGGGAGUCCGGCAGGGUGUGUGCGUGAGCACGUGUGUGAUGGUGGUGAUGUGUGUGAGAGAGAGAGGGGAGAGAGAGAAUGAGUGGGUGGGGGGUGAGGCCUGAGGUCUGUGAGCCGAUAAGGGAGCAUGGGACUCUGCACAAGCCCCUGAACCAGGAGGAGCCACAGCAGAAAUGCGGCCCUGGAGGGUGGGGCCGCAGAAUGGGGGAGGGCAGAACCACAGACAGGCGGCUGAGACUGACCUCCCGAGUGCAAGCUGGUCUCCCCUUCACCUCCUGCACCCCAGGAAGAUGGUGCUCACUGUAGGAUUGCCAUAAAACAGAGACACGCACCAGCGAGAAACUUUAGCCCUUAGUAUCCCAUCCUCAAGACAGAAUCACUCUUAAACAUGUUGAAAUACGUCUGCUUAGAGCUUUUCUAUGUGUAUAUAUAAUGUAUGCAUAAUAUACAAUUAGAAGCAUGUGAUUUUAUAAGAACAUUUUUAAACAAAAGUGGAAUCACACUGCAAAUACUUUUCAUGACUUUUAUGUGUAUAUGUAUUGCUACCUAUAGAUGGAACUUCAGAUUUACUGUAUUCCCCAAGCCUGGACUGUAAACAAGACUUCUCAUCCCUUCCUCUAUGGCUAUCUUCUCAUUUCACCUCACAUUCGGUUAUGGCAGCCCCAUCACUGUCUAUGAAGUGCCGGCUGUACACUAGUCAUCUGGCCUUUUCACUCAGCAAUCUCCUGAAGCAUGGUUCUGUGUCAGCAAAUGUUCUUAUCCAGCAUGGCAAAAUGUUAAGGUAAUUGUAGACUCACAUAAGUUGCAGGAAAUAAUACAGAGAUCCCUUAUACCCUUUGCCCAGUUUCCCGCAAUGGUAACAGUGUGCAAAGCUCCAGGACGAUUUUCCCACCCAUGUUGGCGUGUGUAACGGCCCCCCACAGUCACGGCACUGAACAUGGCCACCACCACAAGUGCCUAGUGUUGUGCUACCCUUUUACAGCCAGCGCCCCUCCCUCCUGCCCGGGCCCCCCUGCGUUGUAUUUAUGGCUGCAUUUUGUCCUGUCUUGUGGAUGUUCCAUGACUGACAGACAGGCUGAACAAAGGGUGUGCAAAGAAGCCCAGAGCAGGAGAGAAGGCUCCCCAGCCUGGCUCUUGGUCGGCACAGUCGCAGGCUGGCUCUGCCUCUCUUGGCUGCACUGUCCUGAAGCAGGAAAUAUGAGAAAAACAAGUAAAGGGAAAACAAGUCCAGUUGGAGCUAUGAUAACAUUAUCUGCAAGGCCAGGCAGGGGCCCCAAAGAAAUGGGAUCCAAGAGCAGGGACAAGAAAAACAAGUUCUUAGUCUCCCCCUGGAAUUAUUUCCCCAUGCUAUCAUUCUUUGUUCUUCUCUUAUAACUAUUUUUGUAACUAUUUCUGCAAGUUUGCAAGGAUUUUAUAAGUUCAUGUUUUCCCAUCUAUGCAGGAUGGCAAAGGUCACAAGACAUGCCUGAAUUGCAAAACCUGUCACAGUUUGAUUAACUGCCUUUGUUCUGCUUCUGUAAGCUUGCCUUCCCCACCCUGCAAGUUUUGCACCACUGGCUAGCCACUCCCCUUCAGUCGCCUGAAUAAAAGUCAAGCCUGAUCUUUGUUCAUUGCUCAGCCUCUGGAUAUUAAUCCGCUGGGCCAGUGGCCACCUAAAUAAAAUCCUCCUAUUUCACC